AUGGCUGUGAAUCUUCUGCUACCGACCUCCCCGACGCCGUCGCAUGUCCGGGCGGAUAUUAGUACCUCCGCUUCGUUGUUUUUGGACGAAUGUGUUAGUAGACGGUGUUCUGGGAACCAAGCGGAUAUUUCAGAUGCACAGGUUGCGUAUCAGGCUUAUUGUUCUGUUUAUUUGAGUAAUGUGGGGAUUACAACAGAUGGUGAUGGAGGUGGGGUGACUGGCGGUGGUGGGAGGAGUGGGGAUCAGAUUGCGACGAAGACGGUAGCGGCGGGUACCACGACUGUCACGGUUGGACAGGUGACUUCAUUCAUUACUCGAGUAUCAACCGUCCGCGAUCCUACAGCAGAGAGUGGCACUAGUCAGGGGAAGGGAAGCACUUCUGGAGGAUUAGACACUACUGCUCAAAUCAGUUUAGGCGUUGGUUUGGGAGUUGGAAUACCAGCCCUGGGAUUAUUGGUUUACAUCACUUAUCUGCUCCUCAAGCAGCGGGAAAGAGAAGUUCAGGAAAAGAAUGGAAAUAUGGCAUUCCGUCCGGGGGGUAUUGUGGAAGUAGCUAAGAAUAUAUAA